GCACAAGCUUGGGGGCUGCACUGAGCCUUACACACACAUACACACAUAUGCUCAUGCACAUACACAUAGAGAGUCAGCCAGCUGAACGGCACGCCGCAUUCAGGCAUCCAGCGCAGCUCAAACUUAAUGACAGGACAAAGAGAUAACAGGCUAACCGGACAUACCCAGAUUGGAUGAGAUUUUUGGACGCAAUUCCCUGUGCACAGGGACGCCCUUUACUCAUCCCAAAGCUCUCGGCUUAUCAAGGUUACCCUGAGACUGCACACUACUGAUUUAGCCAGCUGCUGCCAUUUGCAAUGCGGCUGCUCCUCGGUCUGCUGCUGCUGUUUCUGGUGGUCUGGGUGGUCGAUGCGCGAAAGGGCGAGAGGCGAAGAGGACACCGAAAGCGUGGCCGAGACCGGGCUAUUACCGUCAAGCGUUUUGCGGCGGAAUGCAAGGAUUAUACGGCCAAUGGGGACAAAUUUUUUGACUGCCAAGAGCGCCACCUGACAGCGGUAUUGUCGGGUUGGCCAGAGGAUAUUAACCACCUGCUGCUGGCGAAGAACAGGUUCAGGGUUUUGCGAGCCAACACCUUCAGUAAUUUCCCCAACCUGAGGAGCCUCGACUUGCAACAGAAUGAAAUUUCUCAAAUAGAUGAGAAUGCAUUUAUUGGCCUGACCAAACUUACGAGUUUACUGCUGCAGCACAACCGUCUGCAGGUGGCAAGUGAGGAGAUGCUAAUCCCAAUGCCUCAACUCAGUUACAUGCGGAUCUAUGACAACCCGUGGAGGUGUGACUGCCAGCUGGACAGCCUGGUGAGGUUCAUACAGGUGCCCAGUAACCGUAACAUUGGCAACUAUGCCAGGUGCGCGGAGCCCACUGCGAUCGAGGGGAGGCAACUUAAGAAGCUGGAUGUGGAGCAGCUGUGCACCCCUGAGCAGAAGAUCCCGAUCCCGCAUUCGGAUAAUCACACACUACCGGCUUCGAUAAAACGAUUUGAAUCGACCACGCAGUGUCAUACCUACAUGCACCCAGUAACCUAUCUGGACUGCAGAAGCAAAGAACUUAAAUCUGUGCCAGCGGAUAUACCGGUGGAUAUUGUCAAACUGGAUCUAUCCAUGAACAGCAUUAAGCAGCUGAGACCUAAGGCGUUUGUAAAUGUUAAAGACCUAAAACUCCUGAAUCUGAGCAGCAACGGACUGGAAAGCAUUGACACAGCUGCCUUUGCAGGCCUUCUGUACUUGAGCGAGCUGGACCUCUCCAACAACAGCCUGCAAAAUUUCCAAUACAGUGUUUUGGAGGACCUUUACUUCCUGAAGAAACUAUCUUUGGGUGGCAACCCUUGGAUCUGUGAUUACAACAUUCACUAUUUGAUCUAUUGGCUCCAGCACCACCCUGGGGUCUAUCACACAGGUCUGGUUUGCAGCGAGCCAGCGAAUCUUCAAGGUAGUUCGGUGGAGAGCUAUGUGAAGACCUAUGCAGACUGUCCUAAGGACAUGACACCAAGCGGUGAUCCGGCUGGCAUCACAGCUCAGGAGUUAAUUGCUGAGAUAAAGGAAGAGGAAUUUGGGCCAAAACCUUACAAAAGACCACAGAAAUAUGAGGUCUUUCAUCUGAAUUAAGACAAUCGCUGUUGGGAACGCAGUUUUACUUUGUCAUGAACAGAACAUUGUUUGAUGUUGACGUAUUUCUUUUUUUUACGAGUAAUUUUGUAAAUGAAUCAUGAUAAAUAAAAGGUUUUUUACAGAUGGU